CCGAGAUUAAGUCAAUCCAGGAAGUCGUCAUAGCUGGCUGAGCAGUAUUCCCGCGAAGAUUGAGACGUCUCCGUGAUCGAAGUACUGUUUUCUUCAGAGUCCCAGCAUCAUGAGUAAAAGGAAGGGGAAAGAUGCUCAUCUGCCAGUAGGAGAAUGCAUCACACUGGUUCAGCAGAUUUUAAGGGAGCGGCUUUGCCAUCAGCAGCUCCCAGACAAGCCGGAUGGAAUAGAAGCUCAACACAAACACCUCCUGGAGCUGUUGAAGCGCACGGCCGUCCACGGGGAGAGUAACUCGGUGCUAAUCGUCGGUCCCAGAGGAGCGGGAAAAACGAUGCUGCUCAAGUGUGUGUUGAGAGACCUGCUGGAGGAAAAAGAAGCACAGAAAAACCUGCUACAGGUUCAUCUCAACGGGCUCCUGCAGACUGAUGACAGAAUAGCACUAAAAGAAAUAACGCGGCAACUCCACCUAGAAAACGUUGUCGGUGACAAAGUGUUUGGAAGUUUUGCAGAAAAUCUGGCUUUCCUCCUGGAGGCACUGAAGAAAGGUGAUCGCAGCAGCAGUCGCCCGGUGCUGUUCGUCCUGGAUGAGUUCGACCUGUUCGCCCACCACAAGAACCAGACUCUGCUCUACAACCUGUUCGACGUCUCCCAGUCCGCCCAGGCACCCAUCGCUGUGGUCGGCGUCACGUGCAGACUGGAUGUUCUGGAGCUGCUGGAGAAGCGGGUUAAGUCACGGUUUUCCCACCGUCAGAUCCACCUGCUGAGCAACCUGACGUUUACUGAGUACCUGGAGCGGGUCCAAACCCAGCUCUGCCUGCCAGAUGACUUUCCUGACAGCAAGUUUGCUCAGGACUGGAACGACAGUAUCCAGACUUUGUGUGAAGACAAAUCAGUUGAGGAGGUUUUACAGAGACACUUCAACUCCAGCAAAGACUUCCGCUCAAUGCACAUGCUGCUGAUGUUGUGUCUGAGUCGCGUCUCUGUAGCCAAACCUGCCAUCAAACCUGCCGACCUGCUGGAGGCCAGCAGACUGUGUUUUGCAGAUGCCAAGGCGAACAUGCUCCACGGUCUGUCCAUUUUGGAGCUGUGCCUGAUCAUCGCCAUGAAACACCUCAACGAUGUCUAUGAGGGAGAGCCGUUCAAUCUCCAGAUGGUUCAUAACGAGUUUAAGAAGUUCCUGCAGAGGAAGUCAAACUCCAUGUACAACUUUGACCAGCCUGUCAUCAUGAAGGCCUUCGAGCACCUGCAGCAGCUGGAGCUGAUCCGACCGGCUGACGGCUCCUCAGCCAAAACUCAGAGGGAAUACCAGCUGAUGAGGCUCAUGCUGGACCACAGUCAGAUCAUGGAGGCCCUGCAGAAGUAUCCGCAAUGCCCCACUGACAUCAAGCAGUGGGCCAUGUCAGCAUUCGGCUAGGACUGAACGAACAUUUGGACUAAAUGUGGAUGUUUAUUUACUGUAAGAUACUCACCAGCACUGCAGGAGGAAAGAUGACACCUCAAGUUUUGAAAUGGAAACAAGCACUACAGCUUGAACCAAGGAGCAAAAUUAAACUAACCUGGGAAAAAACAUGGCUGCUGGCAGGUCAGACUCUUACAUCUACACUGUCAGUGCAGUUGUUUAGUCACUGUAAAUGAUCAAUUAUCACAAAAUAAAAAGUUUUGUAUCAUUGGAAUCAGAUUUCUUCUGUAUUUACUUUUUAGUUAAAUUACUGCUUUAGUUAAGUAACUGAUUUGAAGAUAGAAUUCAUUCAUAACAAGAGAGUAAGUAUGUCUGUGUAGAUUCUCAGUCAUGCAGGUCCUGGUAGUCUUCAAGUUGAAGGCAGCUGGACUUUUAGUUUUCUUGAAGAUGUUUCAUCUUCUCAUCUGAAAGGCUUCCUCAGUUCUGAAAACUGGUUGGGGAGUCCCAGGUCUUUAGGUUCUGGGAGUUGUUAUGUGAGUCGUUAGGGUUAGGAGCCCAGGUGUGCCUCGUUGGUGGGUCGUUAGUGUUAAGACCAACAAGACAGUAAGUUGCUUACAUUUUCUACUAGAUGUCACUUGCUGCUUUCAAUGCUGAGAACAGAUUUUUUAAGGUAAUGACACCUGUUAAUCAGCAAAAUUUGACUGUUGGAGCAGAGGAGAUUCACAAUGAAUUUCCAAAGAUCCAUCAGUGCAUCAGUACAUUCUCAGUUUUUCCUUAGAGCUUUGAAAGUUUGGAAAAUGUGUGAAUUUGAUAAGAUAAGUCUUGUGAACAUGUGUAUUCUUGUGACUGUGAAU